GCUGAGCCGCGGCUGCACAGAUGACUCGCCUACUUUGUUGUACUUCACACUACUUGAAACUACUUCAUCCUACUUGAUUCUACUUCGUCCUACUUGAUCGCACGGACCCUGUGUUGUGGAUUUAUUUCAUCAGCGACAACUCAGAAGACCACUUCCUUGCAAACGUCAACAAGGAUGUUUCCUCUGACGGUCACUUUGCGCCACAUCUUUUCCACCUCAUUUGUGCUCUGCAGUGCUGCAGUGAUGGCUGAUGGCGAAUGCCCGGCGGUGUGCUCGUGUGCCGCCUGGUCGGGGGCGUGUCCGCCAGGUGUCAGCCUGGUGAGUGACAGCUGUGGUUGCUGCAGAAGGUGCGCCAGGCAGUUCAACGAGGACUGCAGCGCCAGCCAGCCCUGCGACCACAUCAAGGGGCUGCGCUGCCACCUGGGGGCGGGAGGACUCCCUGACAGGGGACUGUGCCGAGCGGAGGCACACGGCCUGCCCUGCGACUUCGGCGGCCACGUGUACCAACACGGCGAGAACUUCCAGCCCAGCUGCCGGCACCAGUGCACCUGCAUUGACGCGGUGGUGGGCUGCACGCCCCUCUGCCCUCACCUUCUGCCCCCGCCCGACCGGCGCUGCCCGCGGCCCCGGCUGGCAAAGGCCGAGCACGCCUGCUGCGAGGAAUGGCUCUGUGACCAUGACAACCGCAUCGGAGAGGAGGAGGAGGAACCAGAGGAGCCGCCACUCUCCCCUCUGCCGGACACUCUUCCCCCCAACCGCAUCAGUAACUUGCUGCUGGUCCCACCCAAGUUCACAGAUUCAUUCUCCGUCUCUGAGGCGUCGCCGGGGUCCAGAUGUUUGGCGCAAACCACGGCGUGGACAGAAUGCUCCGCCUCCUGUGGGAUGGGCCUGUCAAGCCGCGUGACCAAUAGCAACCCAGACUGUCAGCUGAUGGGAGAAACCAGGCUGUGUCAGAUACGGCAGUGUGACCCGGAGCUUCCUCUCGCUACUUGGGGUAAGCGGGGAAAGAAGUGCCAGAGAACUGUUCGGCCGCGGGAGCCGGUGCAGGUGAGCUUCGCCGGAUGCUCCACCCGACGGCGCUACCGCCCUCGCGCCUGCGGGUCCUGCGCGGACGGCCGCUGUUGCGCGCCGUCCGCCUCACGCACCGUGCGGCUGCGCUUCCUCUGCGCCGAUGGCGAGAGCUUCUCCAGGGACAUGAUGUGGAUCCAGCGCUGCAGCUGCAGCCAAAGUUGCCGGGCGCACAGCCGGCCUUCGGGGCCCUCGCUCAGCCUCCACAAUGACAUUCACACCUUCAGGCACUGACCCGUCGGGCCCCAAAGACCAUGCGUCCACCCCCCUUGAAGCCGCUCUUGGCAACAUACCCGCUUGCACUUUAAAGGCCUACUGAAACCCACUACUACCCACCACGCAGUCUGAUAGUUUAUAUAUCAAUGGUGAAAUAUUAACAUUGCAACACAUGCCAAUACGGCCUUUUUAGUUUACUAAAUUACAAUUUUAAAUUUCCCGGGAGUUUCGUCUUGAAAACGUCGUGUAAUAAUGACGUGUUCGCAAGACGUCACGGGUUUUUAGGAAAUAUGAGCGCUGCGCACACACACACAGCUAAAAGUCGUCUGCUUUAACGGCAUAUCCAUCCAUCCAUCCAUCCAUUCAUCUUUUUCCGCUUAUCCGAGGUCGGGUCGCGGGGGCAGCAGCCUAAGCAGGGAAACCCAGACUUCCCUCUCCCCAGCCACUUCGUCUAGCUCUUCCCGGGGGAUCCCGAGGCGUUCCCAGGCCAGCCGGGAGACAUAGUCUUCCCAACGUGUCCUGGGUCUUCCCCGUGGCCUCCUACCGGUUGGACGUGCCCUAAACACCUCCCUAGGGAGGCGUUCGGGUGGCAUCCUGACCAGAUGCCCGAACCACCUCAUCUGGCUCCUCUCGAUGUGAAGGAGCAGCGGCUUUACUUUGAGUUCCUCCCGGAUGGCAGAGCUUCUCACCCUAUCUCUAAGUUUCCUCCACACGGCGGAGGAAACUCAUUUCGGCCGCUUGUACCCGUGAUCUUAUCCUUUUGGUCAUGACCCAAAGCUCAUGACCAUAGGUGAGGAUGGGAACGUAGAUCGACUGGUAAAUUGAGAGCUUUGCCUUCCGGCUCAGCUCCUUCUUCACCACAACGGAUCGAUACAACGUCCGCAUUACUGAAGACGCCGCACCGAUUUAACGGCAUAAUUACACAGUAUUUUGGACAUCUGUGUUGCUGAAUCUUUUGCAAUUUGUUCAAUUAAUAUUGGAGAAGUCACUUUAGCUCGGUUGGUAGAGUGGCCGUGCCAGCAACUUGAGGGUUGCAGGUUCGAUUCCCGCUUCCGCCAUCCUAGUCACUGCCGUUGUGUCCUUGGGCAAGACACUUUACCCACCUGCUGCCAGUGCCACCCACACUGGUUUGAAUGUAACUUAGAUAUUGGGUUUCACUAUGUAAAGCGCUUUGAGUCACUAGAGAAAAAGCGCUAUAUAAAUGAUAAAUGGGUUGUACUUGUAUAGCGCUUUUCUACCUUCAAGGUACUCAAAGCGCUUCGACACUACUUCCACAUUUACCCAUGCACACACACAUUCACACACUGAUGGAGGGAGCUGCCAUGCAAGGCGCCAACCAGCACCCAUCAGGAGCAAGAGUGAAGUGUCUUGCUCAGGACGUGACGAGGUUGGUACUAGGUGGGAAUUGAACCAGGGACCCUCGGGUUGCGCACGGCCACUCUCCCACUGCGCCACGCCGUCCCCAGUAGAAAGAUGGAGUUGGGAAGCUUUAGCCUUUAGCCACACAAACACACGGUGAUUCCUUGUUUAAAAUUCCCGGAGGUGAAACUUUACUAUGGAUCAGAGAGCGGUCAAGCCAACAUGGAUCAAGACGGAAUGUCAACCAGCAGGUUUCGGUGAGAAAAUUGUGGUUAAAAAUUCAGUUCUUACCUGGGAUCAGCUGAGCUUGUGCCGUCCAUAAAGCUGCCAUCGACUCCCCUGAGACAUUGGCGUCAAGACACCCGUGGACGUACACCUCCGACUAUCAGGUACUAUAUAACUCACUAAAACACUAGCAACACAAUAGAACAGGGGUCGGGAACCUUUUUGGCUGAGAGAGCCAUACAAGCCAAAUAUUUUAAAAGCAUUUCCGUGAGCGCCAUGUCAUAUUUUUUUUUAAGACUGAAUACAACUAAAUGCAUGCAUUUUUAACUAAGAUCAACAUUUUUAGAGUAUAAUAAGUCUCUUAUUCUUUUUAAUGACAUUAUUCUGAAGCUAACCAACAAUAAAUAAGAUACUUCUUACCAUUAAUGCGACUUCUUGAACCGGUGCGGUAGAAACCGGACGGAGGGAUUAAAAUGCCUGAGAAUGUUUUAUAUUUUGAACGUUAUUUUUGACACUGUGAUUACCAGCGGAAUUUUUCAUUACUUACCGUGUUAAGCAAUGUCAGCUAAGAUUUAUCUGAGAGCCAGGUGCAGUCAUCAAAAGAGCCACAUCUGGCUAUAGAGCCAUAGUUUCCCUACCCCUGCAAUAGAAAGAUAAGGGAUUUCCCAGAAUUAUCCUAGUAAAUGUGUCUAAAAACAUCGGAAUCCGUCCCAAUGCAAUCGCGUUUUUUUUUACUUUUUUUUUUUUUAAUCUUUUUUUUUUCUAGUCCGUCGCUAUCAAUAUCCUCAAACACGACUCUUUCAUCCUCGCUCAAAUUAAUGGGGAAAUUGUCGUUUUCCAGGUCCGAAUAGCACUUUUUGUUGGAGUCUCCCAUUAAAAACAAUGUGAAUAUGUAAGGAGCCCUCAACGUGUGACGUCAUCGUCUGCGACUUCCGGUAGAGGCAGGGCUUUUCUCUUAGCGCCGAAAGUUGCGAAGUUUUUCGUGGAUGUUCUCUACUAAAUCCUUUCAGCAAAAAUAUGGCAAUAUCGCGAAAUGAUCAAGUAUGACACAUAGAAUUGACAAGUUUAAAUAAAAACAUCUCCUUUCAGUUGGCCUUUAAGUCCCACCCACCCUCAUUGAGACUGUUGUACUGAUACCUAUUUUAUUAUUUAUUUGUACAUUUUGCUGCACUUGACAGGCAGAGACCUCUCCCACCAAAAUCCAUCCCUGGAUUUUUUUUGACAUUCUGCCUCUCUUUUAGGCCCGGUUAAUACAAACCCCGUAUCCAUAUGAGUUGGGAAAUUUUGUUAAUGUAAAUAUAAACGGAAUACAAUGAUUUGCAAAUUAUUUUCAACCCAUAAUCAGUUGAAUAUGCUACAAAGACAACAUAUUUGAUGUUCAAACUGAUAAACAUUUUUUUUGUUGCAAAUAAUCGUUAACUUUAGAACGUGAUGCCAGCAAUACGUGACUAAGAAGUUGGGAAAGGUGGCGAUAAAUACUGAUAAAAUUGAGGAAUGCUCAUCAAACACUUAUCAGGAACAUCCCACAGGUGUGCAGGCUAAUUGGGAACAGGUGGGUGCCAUGAUUGGGUAUAAAAGCAGCUUCCCAAAAAAUGCUCAAUCUUUCACAAGAAAGGAUGGGGCGAGGUACACCCCUUUGUCCACAACUGCAUGAGCAAAUAGUCAAACAUUUUAAGAACAACGUUUCUCAAAGUGCAAUUGCAAGAAUUUAAGGGAUUUCAACAUCUACGCUCCAUAAUAUCAUCAAAAGGUUCAGAGAAUCUGGAGAAAUCACUCCACGUAAGCGGCAUGGCCGGAAACCAACAUUGAAUGACCGUGACCAUGGAUCCCUCAGACGGCACUGUAUCAAAAACCGUCAUCAAUCUCUAAAGGAUAUCACCACAUGGGCUCAGGAACACUUCAGAAAACCACUGUCACUAAAUUGCAAAUCUGUAAGUGCAAGUUAAAUUAGCUCUACCAUGCAAAGUGAAAGCCGUUUAUCAACAACAUCCAGAAACACGCCGGCUUCUCUGGGCCCGAGAUUAUUUAAAAUGGACUGAUGCAAAGUGGAAAAGUGUUCUGUUCAAAUUGUUUUUGGAAAUAUUCGACAUCGUGUCAUCCGGACCAAAAGGGAAGCGAACCAUCCAGACUGUUAUCGACGCAUAGUUCAAAAGCCAGCAUCUGUGAUGGUAUGGGGGUGAAUUAGUGCCCAAAGCAUGCGUAACUUACACAUCUGUGAAGGUACCAUUAAUGCUGAAAGGUACAUACAGGUUUUGGAACAAAAUAUGCUGCCAUCUAAGCCCCGUCUUUUUCAUGGACGCCCCUGCUUAUUUCAGCAAGACAAUGCCAAGCCACAUUCAGCAUGUGCUUGCAACAGCAUGGCUUCGUAGUAAAAUAGUGCGGGUACUUUCCUGGCCCGCCUGCAGUCCAGACCUGUCUCCCAUUGAAAAUGUGUGGCGCAUGUGACCCCGGACUGUCGAACGACUGAAGCUCUACAUAAAACAAGAAUGGGAAAGAAUUCCACUUUCAAAGUUUCAACAAUUAGUUUCCUCAGUUCCCAAACGUUUAUUGAGUGUUGUUAAAAGAAAAGGUGAUGUAAUACAGUGGUGAACAUGCCCUUUCCCAACUACUUUGGCACGUGUUGCAGCCAUUGAAAUUCUAGGUUAAUUAUUAUUGGCAAAAAAAAAAUUAAUAAAUAAAGUUUAGGAGUUUGAACAUCAAAUAUGUUGUCUUUGUAGUGCAUUCAACUGAAAAUGGGUCAAAAAGGAUUUGCGAAUCAUUGUAUUCCGUUUAUAUUUACAUCUAACACAAUUUCCCAACUCAUAUGGAAACGGGGUUUGUAAAUCAUUAUGGAUAUGUUCCAGUUUUAUUGUUGCAGGCAAUUUAGAAAAAAAAAAUUGUUGUUUUUUUUCUUUGGCAGAAAUUCACAUGCCCCGCAAAACAUGAAUAAUGCUAAUGAGAGCGAGAUGUUUGCUCCAAAGAAAGGAAAAGUGUUGUCAGUGGUUUGGUUUUGCAGCAACAAGCGUGGAAGAAAUGGCUGCACGCUGCGAAGUUUCUUUCAAAAAGACAGCAACCCAACAAACUUAUUUACCGGAAAAAGAAAUGCCGCCCCUGAAAAUGUUAGGAACUCGCAUGGCUGCAGUUUUUGAACCAGGAGGACGGUGAGCAGGUAAGAGAGGGAAGCAGUCUUGCAUGUAAUAGUUACCAACAUAAAGUGAGCUUCGGGCAAUGAGUGCUCGAGUGAAACAUAAAUAGACAUAUGCUGAUUGGCCGCAGGUGUGGACCAGGUGCCAAUCAACAGCAGGUGAGUGAACCAACACAGUGCUCAGGAGAACAAACAGGAAGUGGAAACCAAAAUAAGAGCACUGAUCGGAAGUACAUACAAAAACAAGGAAACAAACAGAAAUGAAGGGACAGAUAGUCACAGAAAAGACUAAAAAAAACAAUGAAUACAUGCUUUUUAUGUUUGUAAUCUUUGUAAGAUUUUUUUGGAAUAAGUCUUAAAAUGUAAGCUUUAAAAACGUAAAAGUGAUCUUGAAUUUAGCAAUUAAAAGUUAUUAUUAGCUAUACUUACCAGUAUUGUGAAGUUUUGUGUCUUAUAACAAACGUGUGAUGCUAAAAAGUACUUUUUUGUUUAGUUGUUUACCUCGGAAGAUCUAUUGCCUAAAAACAAGUUCUCAGGUCCCACUGAAAAACAUAUUUUUUACGAGACUGUGACUCGUAUUAAGUUUGUUCAGAUAUUUGACAAUUUGACUGGAAACUAGAAAUAUGGAUACUUGGUGAGAUUGUGAUUUUCCCAGUGUUUUCCCCCACCCCCUUCUCCUUAUUUCCUUAGCCAAGAUUCACACGCUUAGCAAAACAAGGCUGAUGCUAACACUAGCCAGAGCCAGACGUUUGCUCCAAAGAAAGGAAAAGUGUUGUCAGUGGUUUUGUUUUGUGGCAACAGGCGUGGAACACACGGCUGCACGCUGCAAAGUUUAUAUCAAAAAGACAGUAGCACAACAAACGUAUUCACAGGACAAAAAUGCCGCCCUUGAAAAGACUAAAAAACAAUUAAUACAAAUUAUUUUUGCUUGUAAUGAGCCAAAUAAAUCUGUCUUGGCAAGA